AUGGCCAUCCUCAAUCACUCCCUCAUGACCUCCUUCCGGCCCACCAUCACUCAAACUUUCAUCUUCCUGCUACUGGUCCUAGUAAUCUUUACUUACACCCGACGCAUCAUCCUUCACCGCCGCAUUUCUCGUCUUGGCCUCACCGCCCCUAUCAUACCAACAUAUCUCCCCUGGUCCCUCGAAAUGCCCAUCAAAGCAUGCCGAUACUUUCUCCGCAACCGCGCCAUGAACGCCUGGCUCGAUGAAUGGAUCAAACUCGGCGCCGAAAAGUCUCUGAACUACACCAUGGAACUCCGCCUCCUCGCAGAUAUUCGCGUAAUCAUGACGGCAGAUCCAGAGAACAUCAAGGCCGUGCUGACGACUCAGUUUGCGGAUUAUGGCAAAGGCGAGCAGUUCCAUAAGGAGUGGAAUGAUUUUUUGGGAGAUAGUAUUUUCACGACGGAUGGGAAGUUGUGGAGUGAUAGUCGGGCAUUGAUUAGGCCGAUGUUCCAGAGGGAGAGGGUGGCGGAUUUGGAUCUCGUGGAGGGACACGUGAGCCAGAUGUUUGACUUGAUUGGGCCCGGAGAUGGGAGGCAGGUUGAUAUGAAGAACUUGUUCUUUCGGUUUGCGUUGGAUGCCAGCACGCACUUCUUGUUUGGACAUAGUGCGGGCAGUUUGACGGAUGAAAGUACAGAGUUUGCGACGGCUUUUGACGAGGUACAGAGGAUUCAGGCGCUCGCUGGACGGGCCGGGCCGUUGAGGUUUUUCUUGCCCAAGGGAGAGUUUAAGCGUGGGCUGAAGACGAUGGAUAGGUUUAUCGAGCCAUGGAUUACAGAGGCGUUGCAACUGACUCAAGAGGAGCUGGAUACGAAGUUGAGCAAGAAGGAUACGUUCCUGCAUGCAUUAGCGAGGCGUACGAGGGACAGAAAAGUGAUCAGAGAUCAGCUUGUGGCGCUGUUAUUGGCUGGACGAGAUACGACAAGCACGACGCUAAGCUGGAUGGUUUUAGAGCUUGCACGCAACCAGAAUGUGGUGAGGAAGUUGAGAGCCGAGAUCGAAGAGCAUUUAGGUAAGAAUGCCAGGGACAAAAGGCCGAGUUACGAGAACAUCAAGAACAUGAAGUACUUGACCUGGAUCAUCAACGAGACUCUACGGCUGUAUCCAGUCGUACCGUUCAAUGUAAGGACUUCAUUGACAGAUACCACGCUCCCAAGAGGUGGUGGAUCAGACGGGCAGAGUCCGAUUGGAAUACCUAAGGGCACAGCGGUCGGGUACAGCACGCUCAUAAUGCAACGUAGGAAGGAUCUAUACCCAGAAGUUAGCGAGAACUUUCCAGAUCCAUUGACGUGGGUGCCGGAACGAUGGGAGAAGUGGCAGCCAAGUCAGCAAGGAUAUGGAGGAUGGACUUUUAUUCCAUUCAAUGGAGGACCGAGGAUAUGUAUUGGACAGCAGUUCGCGAUGGUAGAAAUGGCAUAUGUGAUCAUUCGGCUAUUUUCUGAGUACGAUCGCAUCAUCGACUAUGGGAACGAUGAUGUGCAGCUGGGUAUUACGAUCACGCUGGCGCCAUAUCCGGGUGUCAGAGUCGGUUUUGCGAAAGAUAGUAUUGAGAAACAGAUCUGA